AGUAAGGAGCAGAAAAAACCUCGUAAACCUGACAAAGCGUCUGAGGAACAGUACGAGGGCUGGCAGACGCAGAGACGCACGGAAGACGCUCGUUUCGCGGGGACAGUUCGCAUCGCAGGGAUUUUAUGACAUUUUACAUUGGACAGCUACACGCUUUUGGUCUCUUCCCCUUCUUCUCACAGUCUGCAGACCCUGUGCGCCUUUGACAAGUGGAGACGGGGCAUGUAGCAGAAACUUGGAGGAGCAAAGUUUCAGAGGGACUGCGCUGCGAGAUUUUCCGUAGAGUUCCCAAAGGAUAACGCGUAAAAAGUCGGAUUUCUUUGCGUGGCAUUGGACUACACUCGCAGCAGAAGUUGGAUUAUACCUGUGUACACUUUUGUUGCGGCGGCUGGAGGAGUGGAAAAGCCGAAAAGAACAGCGCGUCGUAGAGAUUUUUGGUGCAUUGUGGAGUCGGGGCAUUCCUGUGUGUGAAUUCAGCCCAUGCUCUCUCCUCCCUUAUCUGUGCAUGCCAAAACAGAUACCUCCACGACUUUAGCUCAUACAAGUGAUUGGCAGAAUUCCAGUGAGUGACAGUCCGCGCCUCCAGCAGUUGAUGGUUUGCCGGACGCCCUCAGAUGGGAUCAGUGUCCAGGGGGAGGUGGAGAGGGGGGGUAUGGCUCUUCUCUAACGGAAUGGCCCGGCUGCUGGCUGCGCUGGUUCUGGUGUCUCUGCUGUCGCUCAGCGUAGCACGGCCCCCCCUCACCGCUGCUAAAGACGAGGAGACCACAGAGGAGCCAGAAGAGGCCUCCAACAAAUACCACAUAUCUAAGCCCACCCUGUGCUCAGUGCACCCGGGCGAGGUGCUGAAGCUGAGCUGCCCGCUGCCACUCAAGGGGACCAUCACCUGGACCAAAGAUGGCCGCUCUCUGGGCGCCAACAAUCGCACGCUGAUAGAGCAGGACGUGCUGCAGAUCCGUGACACUACGGCCAAGGACUCAGGCCUGUACGCCUGCACCAGUGUGGGCUCAGACACGGUCUGCUUCAUAGUCAAUGUGACAGAUGCCAUCUCGUCGGGGGAUGAUGAGGACGAUACUGAGCGCUCGGAGGACACAGGGGGCGACGGUGAGCAGUUAAGCGCCCCCUACUGGACAUCCUCGGCGAAGAUGGAGAAGAAGCUGCAUGCGGUGCCAGCUGCAAACACAGUCAAGUUCCGCUGUGCUGCAGGAGGCAAACCCACCCCCAAACUGCGCUGGCUCAAGAACAACAGGCCUUUCCGCCAAGAGGACCGCAUGGGGGGCUACAAGGUACGAAGCCAGCACUGGACCCUGAUCAUGGAGAGCGUGGUGCCAUCAGAUAAAGGCAACUACACCUGUCUGGUCGAAAAUGAGUUUGGAUCCAUCAACCACACGUACACGCUGGACGUAGUAGAGCGUUCUCCACACCGGCCGAUCCUGCAGGCUGGACUCCCGGCUAACACCACGGUCCAUGUAGGAGAGGACGCACGCUUUGUCUGUAAAGUGUACAGCGACGCUCAGCCACACAUCCAAUGGUUAAAACACAUCACCCAGAACGGCAGUCGCUAUGGGCCAGACGGACACCCAUAUGUUCGCGUGCUCAAGACGGCUGGUGUUAACACUACAGAUAAGGAGAUUGAGGUUCUCUACUUGCCCAAUGUUACUUUUGAAGAUGCUGGGGAGUAUACAUGCUUGGCGGGUAAUUCUAUCGGGAUCUCCUAUCAAACUGCUUGGUUGACGGUGCUUCCAGCGCACACGGAUAGCCCAAUAGGGCCCAUUCCUCCAGACUACGUGGAGAUUGCCAUAUACUGCGCGGGGGUCUUCCUGAUCGCGUGCAUGGUGGGCAUCGUGGUGGUGUGUCGGAUGAGGAACACGGCGAAGAAACCAGACUUCGGAGGGCAGCCGGCGGUCCACAAGCUGAGCAAACAGAUCCCCCUGCGCCGCCAGGUUUCGGCGGAUUCGAGUGCAUCUAUGAACUCAAAUGCACCUUUAGUCCGAAUAACAACGAGAAGAAGUUCUGCGCACGACGACCCCAUACCGGAGUACGACCUGCCCGAAGAUCCACGCUGGGAGUUUGCCCGAGACAGGUUGACACUGGGCAAGCCCCUAGGUGAAGGUUGCUUUGGCCAAGUUGUAAUGGCAGAGGCUCUUGGCAUUGAUAAGGACAAACCCAAGGAGGCCGUAACCGUUGCAGUCAAGAUGCUGAAAGAUGAUGCCACAGAAAAGGACCUGUCGGACCUGGUCUCAGAGAUGGAGAUGAUGAAGAUGAUUGGAAAGCAUAAGAACAUCAUCAAUCUUCUAGGGGCAUGCACACAAGAUGGCCCUCUGUACGUGAUAGUGGAAUAUGCCUCUAAAGGAAACCUCCGAGAGUACCUGAGAGCCCGCCGGCCUCCCGGGAUGGAGUACUCCUACGACAUCGCCCGAGUCUCAGACGAACAGCUCACCUUCAAAGACCUCGUGUCCUGCACUUAUCAGGUGGCCCGUGGCAUGGAGUACCUAGCAUCACAGAAAUGUAUACACAGAGACUUGGCGGCCAGGAACGUUCUCGUAACAGAAAGCAAUGUCAUGAAGAUCGCAGACUUUGGCUUGGCCCGGGAUGUGCACAAUAUCGACUACUAUAAAAAGACAACAAAUGGUCGUCUACCAGUAAAAUGGAUGGCUCCUGAAGCACUUUUUGAUCGUGUCUACACACACCAGAGUGACGUCUGGUCAUUUGGGGUGCUGAUGUGGGAAAUCUUCACCCUCGGUGGUUCCCCUUACCCGGGCAUCCCCGUCGAAGAGCUCUUCAAGUUACUAAAAGAGGGACAUCGCAUGGACAAGCCCGGCAACUGCACCAAUGAGCUGUACAUGAUGAUGAAAGACUGCUGGCACGCCAUCUCCUCCCAGAGACCCACCUUCAAGCAGCUCGUGGAGGAUCUGGAUCGGAUCUUAACCCUAAACACCAACGAGGAGUACCUGGACCUGUGCACCCCGACAGAGCAGUAUUCCCCCAGUUUCCCGGACACUCGCAGCUCGUGUUCCUCUGGUGACGACUCUGUGUUUUCUCACGAUCCAUCACCGGACGAGCCCUGCCUCCCCAAAUACCAGCACAUCAACGGGAACGUCAAAACAUGAAAAAAAAUUAAGACUUCUAACUACCCCAACAAAACCUACUUCUUCGAGACACUUCCACCAACACCCCUGUUCUCCUAUUACACCUCUGCGGUCCCAACAGACUCAUGGACCUAGAGAUGGGGUCAAAAGUGGUCUUAAAUUAUGGAUUUUUGCUGAAAGACUGAAUGGACGAAAGCUUCUCGCAAAAUCCUACACUUUCAUCAAGUUCAAGGCUUCAAGUUCUCAAGUUUUGGGGUGUUUGGUAUUUUGAACAUUGAACCAACCUCGCAGGCUGCCAUUCCAAGACUGUUAUUUCUGCCCUUGGAGGAAUGUAUGUACGGACCAAUGUGAACUUGUAAACAAUGGACUAGAUUACAGAUAGGAAAAUGGACUAAAAGAAAACUUCGACUAACAAAGCAGAGGAAUAGGAGAUAUGUUUAUUUUGUAAUAUUGACGCAUUUCUUUUUACAUUCUUUAUAUGAACCCUUCCAAUUAUUCUGGAGAAAAACAAAUCAGUAUAAUGUAUAGUGCUGGGUAUAUUUGUAAAUAUAUUCAAAUAUGUAAAAAUAUAUAUAUUAUAUAUUUACAUGAAUUAUUUUUUGUAUGGACUCCAAAAUAACCACAACCCUCACCAACCAAGGUACGCUAAUGGAUGUGUCCUAUAUUUCUGUUUCAUGCACACAUGCACUCAAAACAUAGACAGUACAAAUGGAGACUAAGAAACUAUGGGGCUUAUAAUGUACAUGGAAUGGGAGUGGGGGGGAGUUGGUGUGGAAAUCCAUGCCAUAUUUAAAAAAAAAUGUUUGGGAAAGUGUCACAAAUACAGGUACUUAAGUAACUAGUGGCACUAAUGGUACUACCUAAAGAACAUAUAGCAUUUAUAACAUUUAGCUAUUUAUUUUUAGCUAAAUCGAAUGUAUGCUCUUCAAUAUGCUUUAAAACUGUGAUUCUCGACUGGUGAGGUUGAAGCCAAUGUUCAUUUAACAUUAAAAUACACAUGCCACAUACUAUAGGUUGUUAUAAAUAAAUUUAAAGAGUCUAAAAAUGAUAAUUACCAGUUGAGACCCUCAGUUUUAAGUAUAAUAUUGAAGCAAGCAGCAAGUUGUUAUAGAUUUUGUCUCCCAUUUAGCAGUGGGGAAUCAGCUGCUAAAUUAAAAAUGAAUAAUUAGCAACACAUAAACCUCCAAAAGCGAAGUGGUGAAUGUAUAUAGAGUUACAAUGUUUAUAUUUUUGAAUGGGAGCCUAUAGGAGCCAGCUGUACCUUCAUAGUCUCUUGGUCCAUUAUAAUUUCUACUGUCUAUGGCCACACAUAUCUGUUUAACUCUCUCUCAGUAACACAGUGGAGUAUUGGCUUUUCAGGGACUGAGGUAGCACGUUAAUUUAUUGACUUAUGUUGUUUUUAAAUAAAUAUGAAAAAAGAGAAAAAAACAAAAGAUUAUGAAAGAGAGUAUGGCAUUAAUAAUGGUUGUAAUACAGAAAUAAUCCAUGAAAUUUUAUGGUAAUUUAAAAUGAUCUUUCAGCAGUAACAGAAAAGCUAUUUUUAGUGGGUUUGAAAGAUCCAGGUUUUGUAAUUUUUAUAUAUGAAUGUGAAUUUUAAGUUAAAAUUUUACAAACUGUACAUUUUAUAGUCAGCUAAUCCCUUUUGUAUGUAGAUGUUGAUACCAUUUCUAUCCAGACGUCUUUGCUAACUUUAGGAAAGAGUCAGAUUUCUGGAUUUAUAUACAGUUUGGAAAUAAACAACAAUUUUGGUUACUUCUUCUAGCUCUUGUAGACUAAAAAUAGACUCCAAAAUUUUACUUGACAGAAUUGAAAGCUGAAAACAAAGUAUUAAAUAAUUGAAAUGUUGUUUUUUACUGGACCAAGGAUAAAAUGUUUUGGUUUUUGCAAGUGUUCAUGCCACAUGCAAAAUAAAUAAUGGAA